AUGGGCAGACUGGCCGGAUUAGACAUAGGCGAAGCGGAGCGGGCAAGCGGGGGACAGGGAGCUGGGUUCAGAAUAGAAGCGGAGGGAGGAACGGAAGUGGAUGCAGGGGAAGGAUUGGGAGCGCGGGGGGGAGUGGGAGCGGGGGGAGGAAUGGGAGCAAGGGAGGGAGUGGGAGCAGGAGGGGAAACUGGGGCAGAGGAGGGAGGGGCUGCCCAGGCAAGAAUGCCAGGAGGUGAUGUGCUGGGAGCAACAGGAGGGCUGAGGGCAAGUCAUGGGCUGGGAGUAGGAGGAGGAUUGAGGGCAACAGGUGGGCGAGUAGCAAGCGGAGGGCUGAGUGAAACAAGCAGGCUGGGAGCAGGGGGGUUUGGGGGAGCAGGGGGUGGAGGUGGAGCAGGGGGUGGAGGGGGCGCGAGUUUGAUCUGGGGAGUGGAGGCAGGGGGGGGAGUGGGAGCUUGGGGGCUCGGAGUAGGGGGAGGAGUGGGAGCAGGGGGAGGAGUGGGCGCAGGGGGGGGAGAGGGGAUGUGA